AUGGCCGGGGGUAGGAAUCCUGAGAAGAAGAACACGGACAGACGGAGCUGCUCCAUGGCGUCGAGGCAGGGGAGGAAGCGACCAUCGUCCAUGGCGUCCCGGUGCUCGAGCAAGGACGGCAUCCUGGAUCUAGGAGGCAGAGAUGAUGGAUUGAGGAAGUUAGGAACGGCUGUGAGGAGGAGAUCGAGUAGAUGGACGCACCUGAGUCAUCGGAGCCACGCCGACCGAAACCCUAGCGACGGGAGCCAGUCGCGGUUGGCGCUGGAGGACGCGCGUGAUGGAUCUCGACAGGGAACGCCAGCCUCCCAAAGACCCGCCGGUAGAGAGCGCCUACUCGAUCUAGAGGGAGGGAGUGGGGGUGGGGGCAGCUGCGCCUGCUCGAUCCAGAGGCAGGUAGGUGGGAAGGAGGGAUUACUGCUGGAUCUGGCCACAAGAUGA